GCCAUGUACAUCGAAAGAAAGUUCCUGUCUUUACUCCUCUUUCUUUUUAUUUUCUUUCCUUUUUUAUUUUAUUUUAUUUUUUUUUAUUUUAUUUUUUGCUUUUUUUGUUUUGAUUUUCUUGCUUGUGUCUCACCGACGGUUGUCCGAGGACUAUUUGUACAUAAGAUGGUCAAUGAAAGGAUGAAAGAGGGACCCAUUGAGGGAUGAGCUGGAGGUUGUUGCUGUGGUUGUUGUUGUCGUUGUAUUCUUGUUGUAUUGUUGUUGCUGUAUUGUUAUUGUUGCUGUUCCUGGGGUGUUUUAUUGAAUUGAAGGCCAGCAAGGCAGACGGAGAGAGAAGGGAAAAGGUUAAGGAUAGCCUUGGGCAGGCACUUUAGAUUACACGCAGCCGACAGAGUCUUUCUGUGCGUGUACGACCAUGACCGGUGGUCCUGCAUGAAUCCACUUUGCUGUUCAUCUAGUCCUGUUUUUAUGAUUUUUUUAGUCCCAUUUAGAUUCGCCUAAGAAAGAGAGAAAGGCCUUGCGCUC